AUGAUGUCAAUGAACAGCAAACAACCUUUCAGUAUGCAUCCCAUACUGCACGAGCCGAAAUACACGCCUCUGCAAUCGAGCUCCGAGGCCAUACGGAGGGCAUGCAUGCCCACUCACUCGGUGAGUUACCAUCACAUUCAAAUUAUGCAAUUAUCAAGAAUAAUUAUAAAAUAAUUAAUAAAAAAAAGAAUGAAAGGUAUAGCCUUAAUUCAAGUUUUAAGUUUUAAUGUCACGGGCACAAGUACAGUGAAAUGCCUUUCUUGCUAGCUCUAAACCCAACAAUGCAGUAAUCAAUAUAAAUUGUAGGGGAGAAUGGGACAUUGGGUGAAGCAACUCGCUAAAUGCUUUGUAAUUACACGAAAAUCACGUAUUGUCAAUAUCGUAUUGUCAAUAUCAUGUAUUCAGUCAGUCUCUCAUGUCAAAUUCGUCUCAUUCCAUGGUGCAGAGAAAUUAUUGAAGAUCAUUUUUAACGAAUAAUCAAAUGUGAUGGUGCAGUGGAUGAUUUGGGCAUAUGAAUAGUUGGUAUUAUAGUCACGUAUUGGUACAUUAAAUUAACUAAACAGUUUGAUAUUGUGGAUGAUCAAUUACUUAUUGUGGAUAAUGUCAUUUAUAAUCUUUCCACAAAAUGUAAACAUUUCAAACCUCGUGGGUAAUGCAUUUCCAUUUAAAAAACAUUAUCCAAAGUUAUCCUAAACUCUGAGUGGUGCCUGUUUGGGCAGCAUUAAUAACCUGUCUCCUCUCUGCUUCCCCUGCUCCUCUCCAUCACAUAGCUGCAGGGCAACAUCUUCGCCGGCUUUGAUGAGACUUUACUGCAGAGGGCAGAAGCGCUGGCGGCGGUUGAUAUCGCAAAGAGCCACCCUUACAAGCCAGACGCGACCUACCACACCAUGACCACCAUGACCAGCAUGACCUGUACCCCCACCUCGUCCUCGGCCCACCUCCACCACCCAUCCGUGCUCACCUCGCACCACCACCACCACCACCCCCAUCACCAGGGCUCUCAGGGCCUGGAUGGCGACCUUCUGGACCACCUGACCCCCGGCAUGUCCAUCUCCCUGGGAGGAAUGCCCGGCUCUGACGUCUGCUCCACGGCCUCCCAUCCGCACGCCCACAUGUCCGCCAUCAACCACAUGCAGCACCACCAUCAUCACCAACAGGCCAUGAACAUGCACCCCCACAGCAUGGGCUCGCACACCUCGCUGGGCGGCGGCGGGGACUCAGAGCCAGACCCCAGGGAGCUGGAGUCCUUCGCAGAGCGGUUCAAGCAGAGGCGGAUCAAGCUGGGGGUUACGCAGGCGGACGUGGGCUCGGCCCUGGCGAACCUUAAAAUCCCCGGGGUUGGUUGCCUCAGUCAGAGCACGAUUUGCCGGUUCGAGUCCCUCACCUUGUCUCAUAAUAACAUGGUGGCCCUGAAACCCAUUCUGGAAGCGUGGCUGGAGGAGGCAGAGAGGGCGCAGCGGGAGAAAAUGACAAAGCCGGAGAUUUUCAACGGAGGAGACAAGAAGAGAAAACGUACCUCCAUCGCUGCUCCGGAGAAGCGCUCUUUAGAGGCAUAUUUCGCCGUGCAGCCAAGGCCCUCGUCAGAGAAGAUUGCAGCGAUAGCCGAGAAACUGGACCUGAAGAAAAACGUGGUCAGGGUGUGGUUUUGCAAUCAAAGGCAAAAGCAGAAAAGGAUGAAGUUCUCUGCAACACACUAG